AUGCCUAAAUUCAGCUAUCUCCCUAAUCUGAAUGAUGCAUUCACGCCGUUAUCGGAUCCCCAACUAGCAAUUUUAAGAAAGCAAGUGGAGUCUGAGGGCACAGAUCCCACUAUCCAGUCACUUUUCAAUUAUGCAUGGGGGUUGGUGAAGUCUAAAGAUAAAGGUGAUAAUAAGCAAGGUAUCAACAUACUCACAGGAAUUUUUAAAAAGGAACCUUCUCGAAGAAGAGAAUGCUUGUACUAUCUAUCUGUGGGAUGUUAUAAGAUUGGUGAAUAUAAAGAAAGCGAAAGGUAUGUUAACGUUUUACUAGAUCAUGAACCGGAUAACUUACAGGCAAAGGAGUUAAAGGAUGAAAUACAUAAUGAAUUGGCAAAGAACAGUGUCAUAGGCCUUGCCAUAUUGAGUGGGCUCACUGCGGCUGGUGUUGGUCUUGCGAGUGUUUUGCUACGUCGGAAAAGAAAUUGA